AGAGAGCAAUUCUCAAAAACUAUUUGCUUCUUUCUGCAUAGAAAUAGAGCUACUGAGACAAUGGGUGCUAAUUAUUCUUCGCCAGGUCAGAGAUUUCCGGUGACCGACCUCCGUGCCAGGCAACCAUGGACACCUCGCUUCGAGUCCGAGAUUGCUCCUUACAGAGUCAACAGUCCCUCUAUUGUGGAAAUCAAGAACAGGAAUCAGUGGAAAUCUCGCCUCAGCGCUCUCAAAGACACCAACAAACUGCUAGUGAUCCAGUUCACAGCCAAAUGGUGUGGACCAUGUAAAUCCCUUGAACCGAAGCUUGAAGAGUUGGCAGCUAAGUACACCGAUGUUGAGUUCGUGAAAAUUGAUAUUGAUGUGUUAAUGAGUGUAUGGAUGGAGUACAACCUUCAUACUUUGCCCGCGAUUGUAUUCAUGAAGAGAGGCAAAGAAGUAGACAGAGUUGUGGGAGUGAAGUUUGAUGAGUUAGAGAGGAAGCUCCACAAAUACACACAAUCCUUCUUUUGAAAAAUAUGAAGCUUUUACUUACUUGCAUGCCAAACAAAGCUCCUCAUGAUCACCUUACGCCAAUAAUUGUUUGCAACUAUAUAUGAAUAAAUGUUUGAACUUGGAUUUGCAUGUACCUGUCCAAGAGUAAUUUCCUACUAUA